CUCAUUGCAUCCAUCAAGCAUUAAACACCUCUAAGAAGUUACAUAAAACUAAGAAUUUCAGAGAAUAUAUUAGCCAGUAAUCCCAACAUCCCAAAAGAAGAAAAAUGUCUAAGGGACUAGUACUAGAAGCUGGUGAGGCCUCUAAAGCUCAUGCUGCUAGCCGAGGAAUUUCUAUCCUUGACUUUGUCUUUAGGAUUGUUGCUGGUGCUUCUACCUUAGGAAGCGCGAUAGCCAUGGGAACGACUAAUCAAACACUUCCAUUUUUCACACAGUUCAUCCGGUUUAGUGCCCAAUAUGAUGAUCUUCCGACGUUUAUGUUCUUUGUGGUGGCAAACGCGAUAAUAACAGGUUACCUGGUACUCUCUCUUACACUCUCUAUUUUCCACAUCGUACGAAGUGGAGCUAAAGGCACCAGGAUCUUGUUAACCAUUCUUGACACGGCUGCACUAGGUCUGUUAACCUCAGCAGCAUCAGCAGCAGCAGCAAUUGUAUACUUAGCACACAAAGGCAAUACCUCGGCUAACUGGUUCGCAAUCUGCCAGCAGUUUGACAGCUUCUGUGAGCGAAUUUCUGGUUCACUCAUCGGCUCUUUUGUUGCAAUUGUCAUGUUCGUACUACUAAUCAUAUUGUCAGCAUUUGCCAUCUCUCGUCGUCACUGAUGCAUAUACAUUUGAAGAACUGAAGAAUUUUAAUGUAUAUUUUUCUGCCACUUCUAUUCGUGUGUUCCUGAUCUUUUUCCUUCUUUUCGCUGUUUGUGAUUUGAGACUGUAAUGUAAUUGUGAAUGUAUCUCGAACAGAAAGUUGCUUAGUUUGUUGUUUUAAAUAUGAAUAUAAUUAAGAAAGUUUUUCGUUAUUUAUGUUGAA